GUGCUGAUACAAUGUUGUGCAGGAUGAACCAUCCGGAUUCAUGUGUUUCUCCCAUUGGAGCUCAACUCUUUUCAUCGAAUUUUCCCACCUGCGUCUACUUCGAAGGUAAAGCGAUGUGAGUGUUUUAAAUGCACAUUGCCGGAAGCAGGACGGCGUCUUGACGUCGAAUUUUUAACUUGUAAAAGAGUGAGCGACCGACUAGGAGGUCGAAGGCCGUAUAAAGACGUAGAGGUGUGGAGGCCACGGCAGACGUACUCAAGCUGCGGAGCAGGAAAAAUCAAUGGCCAGCAGUGCCCAUGGGCGGCCUGGCGUUUAGGACGCGAAACAGUCCCUCCCAGAAGACUUCGCUCCGGUGGGGCGAUUGUUGCCCUCCAAAUCUGAGGCCCCCGACAGUGGUGGCUUCGGCUCCUACGACAAUUACUCAGAGUCUUUUUUACUUGUCGCUGGGAGCCAAGACCAACCUACAUUCGUCAGCUCUCUUGAGGAAGGUCAGGAGACGCCGGGACAUGACACCUUUUCCUGUUUGAGGUUGUCCCCCACUGUUGCGUGACUGCACACCAAGGGUCCUUCAAAGGUUUUCGAACGUUGGAAACUCUGUUCACCUACCAAACCUCUCAAACUUGGGUCUGCAACAAUUAGAGUACUCACCAGUCGAACUAACAACACCGAAGAUGAUUAACAUAGCAGGGGUCGUAUCAAUCAUCCUUUUUUAUAUGAUGAUUUUAGGUGUAGGAAUAUGGGCAGCUCGAAAGAAAGAACCUGGAAACGACUCCGAGGAAGAGGUGAUGCUAGCGGGUCGCUCCAUCGGCCUUUUUGUCGGUAUCUUUACGAUGACGGCAACCUGGGUAGGAGGGGGUUACAUCAACGGCACCGCUGAGGCUAUUUAUACCAACGGUCUCGUCUGGUGUCAAGCACCCUUCGGCUACUCCCUCAGCCUCGUUUUCGGAGGAAUAUUCUUUGCGAACAAGAUGCGACAGCAAGGAUACAUCACAAUGCUAGACCCACUUCAAGACGUAUUUGGUGAGCGAAUGGGUGGACUUCUCUUUCUACCAGCUCUUUGUGGCGAAGUAUUCUGGGCAGCGGGCAUACUUGCAGCUCUCGGUGCAACUCUAGCCGUUAUCAUCGACAUGGACCAAGGAACAUCAGUUAUACUGAGUGCCUGUAUUGCUGUCAUGUAUACAUUAUUCGGUGGUCUCUAUUCUGUUGCGUACACUGAUGUUAUUCAGCUUUUCUGCAUAUUCAUUGGACUUUGGAUGUGUAUUCCUUUUGCUUGGGCCCAUCCAAAAGUACAAUCUUUGAGUUCGAUGGAUGUUGAUUGGAUCGGUUUUGUAAGCCCUAAAGAAUAUUGGUCUUACUUAGAUAAUGGAUUACUUUUGAUUUUUGGUGGUAUUCCAUGGCAAGUUUAUUUUCAAAGAGUUUUAUCUUCAAAAUCUGCCGGAAGAGCUCAAAUACUUAGCUAUGUAGCUGCUGUUGGUUGUAUUCUCAUGGCAGUUCCACCUGUUUUGAUCGGUGCUAUUGCUAAGGCUACUGCGUGGAACGAAACUAAAUAUACGGGUCCUUAUCCACUUACAAGUGCGGAGACCAGUAUGAUUUUGCCGAUGGUGCUACAAUAUCUCACACCAGAUUUUGUUUCAUUCUUUGGUUUAGGUGCUGUUUCUGCUGCUGUUAUGUCAUCUGCUGAUAGCAGUAUUCUUUCAGCUAGCUCAAUGUUUGCUAGAAAUGUUUACAAACUUAUAUUUCGUCAAAGGGCUUCGGAGAUGGAGAUUAUCUGGGUAAUGCGAACGGGUAUUGGAGUGGUUGGCAUUCUCAGCACAAUAAUGGCACUGACAAUCCCGUCAAUCUAUGGGCUCUGGUCGAUGUGCUCGGAUCUAGUCUAUGUAAUCCUGUUCCCACAACUUCUGAUGGUCGUCCAUUUUAAGUCCUAUUGUAAUACUUAUGGAAGCCUGACUGCAUAUAUAAUUGCUUUCGUUAUUCGGAUAAGUGGUGGUGAGCCAAUUAUAGGUCUACCAGCGCUAAUACGCUUUCCGGGCUUUGAUGAAGAAAAGAAUGAGCAAACAUUUCCUUUUCGAACUAUGGCUAUGCUCAUUUCACUUGUAACCCUUGUCGGGGUUUCAUAUGCUACACAGAUCGUCUUCCUCAGCGGCAAACUUUCUCCGAACUAUGAUAUAUUUCGAUGUAUCGUCAACAUACCAGAGGAUGUUGAGAGAGUUGGACCUGAUCCUGCUGAGGGUGAGCAAAUGGCAGUCCUCGCAGCCGGUGCCGGCAGGCUUUAUGGCAGUAAGGACGAAUCAAACGGGCGAGUGAAUCCAGCACUCGAGCCGGACUACGACAUGGAGCCGAGUUAUCCAGGGGUGGACCAGGCAGCGCCCGGAAGCGGCGGCGGAGAUGGCGUGGUUGCGGCACAAGCCGGGCCCCAUCACAGCGUCAUCGCGGUCCCCGGCACGCGCCAUACUCAGAACAGUACCGCCUUCUAAUCGCGGACUCCGUGAUCGAAUGCUGUGACCAACAAUAAACGCGGCGGCGCGGCCUAUUAUGCACCUAAGCUUUAUUUUUGAUUUUUUUUUCCACCCUA